AUAUUGGACUUUCUUAUGGAUGCAAACAUAAGGCUAAGUGAAGAAGUUAUUAGGAAGACCAAAUCAUUUGAGAGGCUAAAGGUGGAAGCUGAAAAGUGUUCAGCACAAAGUGAGAAAUUCAGUGAUGAGAAGACAGAAUUUGAAUCUGCAAUCUAUGCAAAGCUGUGUAUUUUGUGUUUUCAUGUUUCACAUUACCAAGGUUGGAGCAGUGGUCAUCAUAUUUUCAUCUCCUUCCAUAUAUUUCAUCUGCAGAUUAACUUGUUACUGUUAGUAAUUGUCAGAAUUGGACAUAUGCUUGUUGCAGAUAGGUAUCAUAUGCCUCAGUGUCCGCAUGCCCUAUAUUUGCGGCCUUUGUUUGAUGUCAAGCAGUGCAUUAUAGGGAUGCAUUUGAGGGCAACUGUUCAAGAGAUAGAAUUUCUUGGGGUCUUGAAUUCAAAGAAAGCAAAACUCAGAGAGCUUUUGGACCAGUUUUCGAAACAGAAAACCAUGGGGAAGUUGCCAGAAGAUGGGGAAGAGUCAACAGACAAAACCAAAAUUUUUGAUGUUGCAAGUGACGAGGAGAAGCAUGUGGAAGAAGAUGCUAAAACUUCUAUUGGCACUUCAAGGGAUGUUCCAGCAAGUAGGCCUUGCAGUCAGAAAAGGAGUUCAUGCCAAUAGACAUGUCUGAUGUCACUAGCAAAGUAAUUCUGUCAUAUAUAAGUUUUGUUCCUCUGUCAAUGCUUUGGACUCUAUCGAAGAUGUAAAGUGGUUGAUAGCAACAGAUCUCGGCAUGUUGAUCUCAAUAUUGUUGCAAUUUUUGUUCGGGAUAAUCAAUUGAUGAAUGACACUUCAUGGAAUUAGUUGG